GAAACGAAGAUACUCUUGCAAAACCCUAUCCUCCCCGGAUCCUUGAUUUGCUAUGGCACCUCUGUGCAUUUUCCUGCCUCCAACAUUCUGAUUCCCCAUCUUACUUUCUUUCAGUAUGUUUUCCUGCUCAUGUAAUGGCAUCCAAUUGGACUCUGCGGUUACAUUCUUAUUCUUUCCAGCCAUACGUAUGGGUUGGAAAGCCUCUUGUUCUGUCCGUCUUAUCCGAACUCGGAAUUGGUUAUAAAUGCGCUGGCAUUAGAUAUGGUCAUUUCAACAUUAACCGGAAUCGGCAUCGAAUUGGUCGCAGAUUUCUAAUAAAUUCGGCUGAGGGGUCCGGGAGCACUGAUUCCGGGCGAAAUGUCGAAGAUGAUGAAAUUAUGGUCAAGAGUGGGACUGGUGGUGUAGCUUCCAGAGAUUACAAGGGGAAAUUGCAGGAGAUGAUUUAUUCGUCGCCUCCAGGCGUUUUCCUUAUGAACAGAUGUACUGGAAAUGGUCUUGCAAUUGGGUUUUGCAUUGCGACGGCUUGUUUAGCAAUAGUUGCAAGAGUGUAUUUGAUGGGAAAAUCCAGGAGCAGUCAUUCCGGAUCAGUGGCUGAUCUAGUCAGGCGUGGUCAGCUAAGAUCUGACAGAAGAGGCAUUUCCAAACCUUUAAAAUACAAUGAUCCCUUUAACAAUCCAUUGGUGAAGGUUGACCAAAGCAAUUCUUCCGUAGAAAUGUGUGGAAAGGUUUAUCGGUUGGCCCCGGUUACUCUUACGAAGGAAGAACAAAGUAUUCAUCAGAAACGGAGGUCUCGGGCAUAUCAGUGGAAGAGACCAACCAUGUUUCUUAAGGAAGGAGAUUCAAUUCCUCCUGAUGUUAACCCUGAUACAAUCAGUUGGAUCCCUGCAAACCAUCCGUUUGCAACAACAUCUAGUGAUAUUGAUGAAGACUUGGCCCAGAACAAUGUGCACCAAAAGCAUGGUGUUCCCUUCCGUAUUCAGGCCGAGCAUGACGCUUUGCAGAGAAAGCUUGAAGCGCUCCAGGGUGAACAGAAACUGAAUAAUUUAUUUAUAGAUCCUAGAGAUGGGAAGGAUUUUGAGAGACCUGUUGAGUCCAAACCCAACUCUGAUGAACAAGUAGAACAAAGCUUUACAGACCACCAAGCUGGAGAGUCGAAGCCUCCAAACUCGGGACAUCUCCCAAGCUCUUUCGGGGUUCAAUCCUCAUCUGAUGAAGCACAGAAAUCCUGAGGUUUCCUGCAAAUAGGAUUUGCGUUUGCAGUUUUGCUGUUGAUCUUAUCUGCAAUGCGCAUUACGAAGUUAGUUAUUGAGGGGCACUGUGUAGUAGCAAUGCACGCAGGCUCGAUUCCUUGGGACCAUCCUGUGGCUUUGGAGACAAACUCUUAAAAGAGUGUACUUUAUUGAAUUGAGGGAAUAUAAGAGCUUCUUCAGCAGAAAGGUGGAAAAGAAGUUGUUUUGAAUGA